AUCAUCCAGCUGAGCCCGGUGCCGGUGGUGCCGCCGCUGAGCCCCGGGGGGGCGGGGGGGGCGCCGGGGCCCCCCCCCAAGGUGCUGCUGCCCUCGGCCGCCCGCAUCGCCUACGUGCAGCCGGGGCCCCCCCCCGGCGGCCCCCCCCCGCCCGCCGCCCCCCCCGCCGCCGCCUACGUCCAGCCCCCCGUGGCCCUGGGCUUCACCGCCAUCGGCCCGGGGGGGCCCGCCAUCGUCCAGCCCCUGCUGCCCGGGCAGAGCCCGCUGCUGGCGCCGGGGCCCGUGGGGGUGUCGCCGCUGCCGGCCCCCCCGCUGCCCCCCGCCUCGGCCGGGCAGGUCAUCGCCGCCAUCUACCCCGGCCCCCCCGGCGCCGCCCCCGCCCCCCCCCUCGUCUACAGCGUCGCCGGCUCCGCCCCCGGCCCCGCCCCCGGCUCCGCCCCCGCCAUCCUGCCCAAGGGCGGCCCCGCCCCCAGCCAGGGCCCCGCGGGCCCCCUGAGCUUCCCGCCGGCGCCGGCGCGGCCCCCCCGGCCCCCCCCGAAGCCCCCCCAGAAGGUGAAGGCCGCCAUCGCCAGCAUCCCCGUGGGCUGCUACGAGGCGCCGCCGCCCCCCCGCGCCCCCCCGGAGCCCCCCCGCGCCCCCCCGGAGCCGCCCUCGCCCCCCCCGCCGCCCCCGCCGCCCCCCCCGCCGCCGCUGGGGGGGGGAGGCGGCGACUGGGACGGGCGCCCCCCCCCGUCGCCCCCGGGGGCCCCCUCCCCCCCCGGCACCGAGGCCUGGAGCCAGCGGGACCCCGGCGAGGAGCGGCCCCCCCCCGCCGCCGCCCCCCCCAGCCCCGCCGCCGCCCCCCCGGGGGGCAAAGCCGCCGACGCGGCCCCCAAGUUCCCCGUCUCCCCCGACUGGCGCCUGGAGGCCCCCCCGGCCCCCCCCCCCGCCGCCGCUGCCGGCCCCUCGGCCGCCAGCCCCACGGCCCCCGGGGGGGCCGGCGAGGGGGGUGCCCCCCCCGGGCGCGGCGGCCCCGCCCCCGCCCCCCCCGCGCCCCCCGCCGAGGGCCCCGAGCGCAAGGAGGGGGGGGCCGGCAAGAAGGUGAAGGUGCCCCCCCCGCUGAAGAAGACCUUCGACUCCGUCGACAACAGGGUGCUGUCGGAGGUGGACUUCGAGGAGCGCUUCGCCGAGCUGCCCGAGUUCCGGCCCGAGGAGGUGCUGCCCUCGCCCACGCUGCAGUCGCUGGCCACCUCCCCCCGCGCCAUCCUGGGCAGCUACCGCAAGAAGCGCAAGAACUCCACCGACCUGGACUCCUCCACCGAGGACCCCGCCUCGCCCAAGCGCAAGAUGCGCCGCCGCUCCAGCUGCAGCUCCGAGCCCAACACGCCCAAGAGCGCCAAGUGCGAGGGCGACAUCUUCACCUUCGACAAGACCGGCUCGGAGGCGGAGGACGUGCUGGGGGAGCUGGAGUACGAGAAGGUGCCGUACUCGUCGCUGCGCCGCACCCUGGACCAGCGCCGCGCCCUCGUCAUGCAGCUCUUCCAGGAGCACGGCUUCUUCCCCUCCGCCCAGGCGACGGCGGGGUUCCAGGCGCGCUACGCCGACAUCUUCCCCACCAAGGUGUGCCUGCAGCUCAAGAUCCGCGAGGUGCGCCAGAAGAUCAUGCAGGCGGCCACGCCCCCCGGGCAGGCCCCGCCCCCCGACGCCCCCGAGGCCACGCCCCCCGAGCCCCCCGCCGAGCCCCCCGCCGAGGCCCCGCCCCCCGCCUGGGCCGAGGCCCCGCCCCCGCCGCCCCCCUCCCCGCCCCCGGGGGGCGCCGCCCGCUGAGGGGCCCUGCCCCCGUCGCCCGGCAACCGCCCUUCCAGGCCGCCACCCCCGUCGCCGCGGAGACCGGGGGGGCGGGGCCGGCCGGGGGGGCGCUGUAAAGUGACCGAUUCCUUUUAAUAACCUUAAAUAUUGGAGACCCGACGCGCUCGUCGCCUCUGUGUCCCCCCUGCCCCGCCCUGCCCUGCCAGGCUCCGCCCCCAGCACGUGGGGGGCCAAUGGGGAGGCGGCUCCCUGGGGGGGUGGGGCAGGUGGUGCUGCCAUUGGCUGCGGCUCCCCCGGGGGGGGGAGGCUGGCGCUGCGGGCGGUGCCGGGGGCGGGGCCACGCCUGGCCACGCCCCAUUAAAGGUCUUUGAGCUGCCA